AUGACCAACACAAUUACUUUAGUCAAACCUUUGAUUGCAAAAAGUGGUGAUCCAAAGGCAAAAGCCCAUUACAAUGAUUGCUUGGAAAAUUUUGAUUAUGAAGACGGUGCUAUCGGUGAUAUUGAUGACACUCAACAAGAUUUGAAGAAGGGAGAUUACGCUAGUAUGAGUUUCGCUGCGAGUGCUUUUUUACAUAAAGUUGAUGAUUGUAUUUCAGGAGAGAAUCUGGGUGAGCGUUUUCCUGAUCCCUCCCCGCUUCCAAAAUAUGGUGGAGUUAUGGAGGAUGUUAUCUCAAUUAUUCUUGUCAUAUCAAAUAAGUUGAGAGGUGCUUGA